AUGGAUCCGAAUGGCACGCUCACAGAGCUCGAUUCCCUAAAAUUGCGCGUCUUGACGGAGCAAGUGGCGCGCGCUAACAGUUCGGCACCGCUUCGCCAUAACAAGACAGAUUCCACUUCUCACAAAGACUUGGACGUGAACACGGACAUUUACUCUAAAUUGCUCGUCACCGUGAUUUACGUGGUUCUGUUCGCUAUCGGUUGCCUCGGGAACUCUAUAACGUUGUACACCCUGCUGACAAAGAAGUCUCUUCAGAACUUGCAGAGCACCGUGCACUACCACCUGGCCAGCUUGGCAGUGUCUGAUCUGCUCAUCCUGCUGUUCAGCAUGCCCGUGGAGCUCUAUAACUUCAUCUGGGUGCACCAUCCCUGGGCUUUUGGCGCAGCCGCGUGCAAGGGCUACUACUUACUGCGUGACGGCUGCUCGUAUGCCACGGCUUUCAACGUGGCGAGCCUGAGCGCCGAGCGCUACAUGGCCAUCUGCCAUCCAUUUAAGGCGAAAAGCGUGAUGUCGCGCAGCCGUACCAAGAAGCUGAUCAGUGCCAUGUGGGUCGCUUCCUUUCUACUCGCCACACCUAUGCUCUUUACCAUGGGCCAGAUGAGUGUGGACAGUGAACUCAUAUGCACCACUAUCGUGUCCUCGGUCACAGCCAAAACCGUUCUUCAGGUGAAUGCAUUCCUGUCAUUUGUUGUCCCCAUGGGUCUGAUCUCAGUGCUGAAUGGAAUAAUUGCCAGUCAACUUCUGCGUAUGUUUCGUGAGGCAGCUCAGGACAACCGUGUCUGCCUUGGUGGGGGUAAUGCCACUAUGCUCAGCGUUGCUGUGGAACCCAACCGUGCCCAGUCCCUGCGCCAUAGUGUUAUGGUGUUGCGAGCUGUAGUUUUUGCGUUUGUGGUCUGCUGGCUGCCCUAUCAUGCCCGUCGACUGAUGUACUGUUACAUGACUGAUUGGACUGACACUCUCUAUGACUUCUACCACUAUUUCUACAUGGCCACCAAUGUGCUGUUCUAUGUGAGCUCAGCAAUUAACCCUGUCCUGUACAACCUGGUCUCAACCAACUACCGCCAGAUCUUCUUCUCCACACUGCACAGUUUCUGCCUGCCAUGUCAACGUAAGCAAACGCGCAUGCUCACCAGGCACUCUACCAGCAUCUCCAGUAACCAAACUUUCUCUACCAAUGUCAUUAAAGAGACUGCCUAUUGA